CUACAUACAAACAAGUCGAGUAAAUAUCAGAAUUUGAGGAACAAAUAGCUAAAAAAAUAAAUAAACAAAAACUUUAUAAUAAGGCAUUUACACAAGGCAGCAGGUUGUGGGGUCCUUUGGAUGUUUGGGUCCUUUCGUGACGUUUGUUUUAGGGUUGUUUUUUUUUUUUAACCAGCUGAUUUAGGGGAGAGGAAGCAAAAUAUAUCUGUUUAUAACAAAAAUAUAAUUGCCAGUUUCUGUGUUUUCUUGGAAGCGUUCAUAGAUCCUGUAAUGUCAUGGUUUUCCUGGAUUUUGCUGUUUUUCUACAGUUGUCAGUUGCGGUGCUUUAGACACUCACCAUGGAUAAGAUCUUAGAAGCCCUGAUCGGCUCAUCCCACCCUCUGCACGUGAAGAGGGCUAUUGUGAAGAAGGUGGUGGAGGCGGCAGAGAAGGCCGUCAGUGAGGUGCAGUGCCAGGCACUCUACCAGCUCACGACUCGCCUCAUCCUGCUUGGGGAGGACUCCUUCCAGAGGCAGGUGGGCUACCAGGUGCUGGAGGCAUACGCCCGCUACCACCGGGCAGAGUUUGAGCAGUUCUUCAGUAGGGACUUCAUCCUGAGCCUCCUUCAGAAUGGCUAUGAUCAUGUGGACAGAAAGGACCUGAUCAUUAUUGACUACAUCCACAGUUGUUUGAGGCUUCUCAUCAGCUGCCCUUCUGUGUUGGAGAUCUUCAGCAUCCUCCGAGUGGAGGUGCUGAGGAUCAUCUGUGAGCGGCCGGAGCCUCAGCUGUGUGCCCGGCUCAGCACCAUGCUCUCAGAUUUCAUGCAGUGCAUCCCCAAGGACAAGUCAGGGGGUCUAUUCUGCCAGCAGUUGGUCAGGACUAUUGGUUAUUUCCACUGCUCAACUUCACAGGAGAAUGAGCUUCGGGAUUAUGUUUCUCAGGUCACUAAAGUAAGCACUUUGCUCCAGAACAUCUGGAAAGCUGAGCCUCCCACGCUGCUGCUCUCCCUGCAGGAAGUUUUUGCCAUUAUUUCUUCUACAGAUCCGUCUUUUGAACCUUCCAUUGCACUAGCAAGCCUCGUUCAGCACAUCCCAUUACAAAUGAUAACAGUCCUCAUUAGGAGCCUUACUACAGACCAGAAUGUAAAAGACGCCAAUAUGACUCGAGCACUGUGCAGAAUGAUUGACUGGCUAUCAUGGCCUCUUGCUCAGCAUGUUGAGACAUGGGUGAUUGCACUGCUAAAGGGACUGGCAGCUGUACAGAAGUUCACUAUUCUUAUUGAUGUAACCCUACUCAAAAUUGAGCUGGUUUUUAAUCGUCUGUGGUACCCAAUAGUGAGGCAAGGUGCUUUGACUGUUCUUUCUCACAUGCUCCUCAGUUUCCAGCAUUCCCCAGAGGCAUUCCACUUGGUGGUGCCACACAUCGUGCACCUGGUUCAGUCUCUAAAAAGCGAUGGACUUCCCAAUAGCAAAGCCUUCCUUGUACAAUUUACUGAGCUCAUACUCUGUAUGAUGUAUCAGUUCUCUGGAUUUCCUGACCUCUAUGAGAGUAUCCUGGAAGCCAUAAAGGAGUUGCCCAAACCCAGCGAGGACAAGAUCAAACUUAUUUUGAAUCAAAGUGCCUGGACAUCACAGUCCAAUUCCUUGGCUUCUGGUCUUUUGAGGCUCACAGGGAAAUCAGAAACUGGCAAGACAGGCCUGAUAAACCUUGGGAAUACUUGUUAUAUGAAUAGCAUCAUUCAGACUCUCUUUAUGGCCACAGAUUUUAGGCGAUCUGUUUUAUCUCUAAAUCUCAAUGGAUCAUAUACAUUAAUGAAAAGACUUCAGCUCCUAUUUGCAUUCUUGGCUCACACUCAGAGAGCAGCAUAUGCACCCCGGAAUUUCUUUGAAGCAUCAAGACCCCCAUGGUUCACCCCUGGGACUCAGCAGGACUGCUCUGAAUACCUACGAUUCUUGUUAGACAGAUUGGAUGAAGAAGAGAAGACCAUUAGGGCUUUUAAGCUGGAGAAGACUAACCCCAGUCCAGAUUCUGAUAGUUCCUAUAGUGACACUAAUGGCGUUGUACAAGAUGCCCCAGGUAUGGACUGUCCCUCUGCAGAGCCCCCUGUAGAAAAAGGUGACAAGAAGACACUCAUAGAAAAAAUGUUUGGGGGUAAACUGUCUACAUCUAUACGUUGCAUGGAAUGCAAUAGUAUUUCUCAGAAGUUAGAGCCUUUUACUGACCUCUCUCUAGCUUUUCGUCCUUUGGCUAAAACUCAGCAGCCGGAGCUUUCAUAUUCACCUUCUGCACCAGAAAAUGAAUGCAGCAGCAUGUCAAGUGGGAGCACCCCCUGGUCCGACAAAUCCCCGAUCCUGGUUCAAGCUGCAGAGCCUGCGGGCGGAAACAAUGGGUCAACUGCGUCGGUUUCCUCUGCCCUGCAGAAACAUGUGGCGACUAAUGGUAAUACCUUUGAACCUGAGAAACAGGAUGGCGGUCUCCCCCCAUCUGUACCAGAUUUAAUAAAUUACUUCUUGGAACCUGAGAUUCUUGACGAGGACAACAAAUACUACUGUGAGAAAUGUGCCUCGCUGCAGAACGCUGUGAAAACUAUGCAUGUUGUUGAUGAUCCAGAAUACCUCAUUCUUACCCUCCUGCGCUUCUCGUAUGACGCCAAGAGCCACGUGCGCCGCAAGAUUCUAGACAACGUGGUAAUUCCGCACUACCUACAGCUUCCUGUUCAUCACAGGACAGCUAAGAGCACUGCUAGUUCUAUGUCUGGAAGCAGGAGCUCUUCACCUCUGCAGGUGGACUCGCCAGAGAGUGAGGAGAACCUGGCGAAGAAACUUAAACCUUCUGGGAAAGAGGAGGAGGUGGAGGUGGAGGUGGAAGUGGAGGAGGAGGUAGAGGAAAUGACGAUGGGAGCCCAGUCAGUAACCUACGUUCUUAGCUCUGUGGUCAUGCAUUCCGGCAUGUCCUCCGAAAGUGGACACUACUAUUCCUAUGGUAGGAACGUCACCAGCCCAGAUUCCUGCGUGCCACCCAGUCUGUGCUGUCAGGCAGGGGAAAUUCAGGAUUCCACAUGUCACCUAAACUCAAACGGUACAGUCUCCUCGAGCCCGGCUACCACAAGCUACACGUGCACCUCGGUGGCCAAACAGGACCGUGAUGUAGGACAGCCUGCCAGGGACUGGUUCCUGUUCAAUGACAGCAGAGUGACCUUUACCUCUUUCCAGUCGGUGCAGAACGUCACCUGCAGAUUCCCAAAGGACACAGCUUAUGUUCUUUUCUACAAAAAGCAAGACCCCAGAAAAGGUGUAAAUGGCAGCACCAUAAAUGGCAUGAGGUUAAAUGCUGAGCCACCGCUGCAGAAAGAGUUGAUGGAUGCUAUAACAAAAGACAACAAGCUUUAUUUACAGGAGCAAGAACUGAAUGCCCGCACCAGAGCCCUCCAGGCUGCCUCAACCUCCUGUUCCUUCCGACCCAAUGGCUUUGAUGACAACGACCCCCCAGGGAGCUGUGGCCCGACAGGCGGGGGUGGGGGUGGAGGUGGGGCAGGGGGAGGGGGAGGAGGAGGAGGCGGUGGUGGAUUCAACACCAUCAGCAGAUUGGUGUUCUGAGGCUGCUGCCACUUAGACAGAUCUGCACUGCAGACCAGAAAUCAUCGACUAAUAAUUAAGUGCUGGCAGAAUAUCACUUGAAUGAAUCACAGGCUUUUUUCCCCAGACUUCAUUCCCCUGUCUCCAAGUACACCUUCUGAUGGAGCUGUACCUCUCACCAGACAGGUGGUAAAGUCCUUCACACUGUUUCUCCAACAUUUAGCAACAUAACAGGAUCAACUUUAAAACAUGUUUUGAUAUUUGUUAAACCAAAAUGUUUUCUUAGUAAUUCAACUGAUGUAAACAGGGAAAGUGACACCAGGCAUAAUUUAAUGCAAUAAUUUUAUAUAUGGGUAGGCAAUACAGUAUUUGUCAGUAAUCAUGGCAUAAUUUGACUAUGACCAAAGUAUUUGCAUGUUUAAAAAAAAAACCACAAGCUGAUGUAAAUAAGAUUUUUGUCAAAAACACACAAAACUGAACAAAGUGCAUGCUUGAUGUUGUAGAAUUACAUUUCUAAAGAUAUACAUUUUGGGGGAUAUUAUUAUUAUUAUUAUUAUUAUUAUUAUUAUUAUUAUUAUUAUUAUUAUUAUUAUUAUUAUUAUUGAGAACUUAACUUAUUUUCCUAAUUAAGGGAACACAGUUCUUGUUUUUAAAAAAAAAAAAAAAAGAAAAAAGCUUGAUGUGCCUUGUGAUUAUAUAAGAAGACCAGACACUUGAGAGACUUUGAAAGAGUGGCCAAAAAAUACAGUUGCUGUACAGAGUUAAUAUUUUGUAAGCAAAACUACUUUUCCCAUCAGUAAAUAUUAUUGGUGUUUUCCCCUUGUUGUUUUGGAUUAACAAGAUUAUCUUUAGACAUUUUUCCUGGUGCAUUUCAAUUUAUUACUUUUUAAAUGUGUUUUUGUGUUGUCAAAAAGUUUAUGGUUGUGUCACACAGACUUAGAGGGCGCAUGCCAACACUGUUUAGAAACCUGAGAUUGUUAUCAUGGUUGUGCUUGAAUUAAAAAUGUAAAAAAGACAAAUAACAAUGAAUUCAACAUUUUUAAACUACUGCAGUACAUUGGGGCUAGAGAGGCUAAUGUCUCAUACAUAGAGGCAAUGGAAGAGUACCCCCUUUCUAAGCUUCCAAUACCUCUACAAUUUAGAGUGCAGUCUUUAGUGUUUGGGAAUCUAUUUUAUUUAAAUGACUAACAGUACUUUAAAAGUGGAUCAUCUUAACAACAUAUUUAAAUAAAAUUAUUAAAUUAUAUAAAGUCU